AUGACGAAAGAAACUAUUCUGCUUAGUGAUCAUGAUAACGAAAAAGAAUCAUCUAAUCAACUCACUCUUAAACCUUCUAAUAAAUGCUCAAAAAAACAAAAAUCAUCAGAACACGUUUCCAAAAAAGAACUUGUAUUACUUGAUAACGGAAAUACAGGUGCAGAAUGUUUAGUUAAAAUAACAGAUGAAAAACUUUGCAGAAAACUCUAUUUAAAUGAAAACUCAACAAGUAAUCUAAUCAUGCAUCUUGCUGGAUCACAUCAAAUUACUGAAAAUACAGAUAUAAAAAAAAAAUCAGGUUUUUAUAUGAUUUGGAUCCUGGCUUUAUUAUCUCAAUAUGUAGAUAUAAAAGAAAUUGCUGAUGUCUUUGCAAAGGAAGAAGAAGAAGAGAAAGCUGAAUGUGAAAAUAUAAAAAAUGCAUUAGAAAAAAGGCUAAACCUGAAUGAACCAUUUAAUACUACCAGAAUAUUAGAAAAAGUAAAACUUAAUUUAAUUACGUCUCUUGAAUUUAUUGAUGAUAAUGAAAUUCGCAAUAAAACAAAGGAUUUAUUAAAAAACAAAUAUGAUCAACUUAAAGCUAAUCCUUUAACAAUACCUGCUGCUUCUUCAACAUUAUUAUCUAACCAAUCCUCUCUAUUUUUAAUUUUUAAAUGA